UUUUCUCUCUCUCUUCGAUUUCCUCCUUCCUCAUCUCCGCGACCGCUCUUUAUACUUACAGCACUUUCCCUCAUCUCAAAUCCUACUACUAACCUUUUUUAAUUUCCAUUAUUUUUUUUCCCUCUUUAUAUUUUCAAUUCCCCCUUUUUAUUUCUAUUAUAUAAAAAAAUAUAAUAAAAAUAAGAAUAAGAGGAAGUAAUAAUUUUAGAGAAAGAGGAGGGAACGAUCCCCUAAACACAAAAAAUUGAAAUCUAAAUCUACAACACCUCAACACAAAAUGGCAUUUCACGUUGCUUGUCCAAUUACAUGUCGAAGAAUUUGUUUUUGUGCGUUAGGGUUUCCGCGUUCUCUCAAUGGAACCAAUUCUACGAAUGCUUUUCUCAACGACGUUGCGGUGCUCGGUGAUUUCCUCUCCGAUACCAGAAAGGAUGACGGUACGAUUCAAGUUGCGGUUCCCAAGGUGGUGCCGCCGCCGCCUGAAGCUGUUCCUGUUAGUGGUGAUGUGCUCGAUGAAUCUGCUUCCAUGAAAGCUAAGCGUGUUGCGCUUCAAAGAAAGGGAGCUGCUGCUAUGAUUGCUGCUGAGGAGUAUGCUCGCCGGUUUGAGUCCGGUGAUGUGGUGGAUACAUCGGGAAAUCUUAAUGGAGAAGAACAAGGUCAAUCCAAUGUCAAGGUCUUUUGUCGAAUGUGCAAUCGCGUUGAGAACGAAGGAAGUGAGAGAGCAAAAAAGAUGCUGUCGUGUAAAAGUUGCAGUAAGAAGUAUCAUAGGACCUGCUUGAGAAGUUGGGCUCAUAAUAGAGAUUUAUUUCAUUGGAGUUCGUGGACCUGUCGUGCUUGCCGAAUUUGUGAGGCUUGCAGAAGGACUGGUGAUCCAAGUAAGUUCAUGUUUUGCAAAAGAUGUGAUGGUGCUUACCAUUGUUACUGUCUGCAACCUCCUCAUAAGAAUGUCAGUACUGGGCCCUAUUUGUGCCCAAAACACACAAGGUGUCACAGUUGCAAUUCCAAUGUCCCUGGAAAUGGACUAAGUGUCAGGUGGUUUCUGGGCUACACGUGCUGUGAUGCAUGUGGAAGAUUGUUUGUGAAAGGGAAUUACUGUCCUGUUUGUCUGAAGGUUUACAGAGAUUCAGAAUCAACACCAAUGGUUUGCUGUGAUAAUUGCCAGCGCUGGGUACAUUGCCAGUGUGAUAAUAUUAGUGAUGAAAAAUAUCACCAAUUUCAAGUGGAUGGGAAUCUGCAGUAUACAUGUCCAACUUGUCGUGGGGAAUGUUAUCAGGUCAAGAAUCUUGAGGAUGCUGUUCAAGAGCUUUGGAGGAGAAGGAAUGAUGCUGAUAGAGAUUUAAUUACCAGCUUGAGGGCUGCAGCUGGUUUACCAACUCAAGAAGAAAUAUUUUCUAUUUCACCAUAUUCAGAUGAUGAGGAUAAUGUGCCUGUGAAAUCAAAGAGUGAUUCUGCACGUUCCUUUAAGUUCUCAUUUAAGAAUUUUCCCAAUAACUCACCUAUGAAGAUGAAAGAUAAUGGAAAGAAAUCUUCAAACAAGAAAACUGCCAAGAAAAAGGACUCUCUGUCAUUCAUGACUGGUAAAAUUGAUGCACACCAUAGUUUUGAAGGACAUAGUGAUAUUAGGUCAUUACAUAGCUUGGAUGAUGAUAAAAAUGAUGAUAUGCAGUCCCAGAGAAAUGAAGUUCCUGAUGUUUAUGCAUCUCCUGCUACCGGAAGCCUGAGUCAAACUGAAGUAUCUUGCCCUAUCAAUCAUCCAGGGAUUUUGAAACAUAAGUUUGUUGAGGAGGUGAUGGUCAGUGAUGAAGAAAGGAAACCAAGAGUUGUGCGAAUUAAAAGCAGUAAGGCAAACAUUUUGGAUAGUGAGGAGAGUGGAAAACACGUUGAUAAGACUCAAAAUGUGAAAGGGAAGAAGUUGGUUAUAAAUUUGGGAGCACGCAAAAUUAAUGUAGCUAGCUCUCCGCUGUCUGAUAAUUCAAGCUUCCAGAGAGAUCAAGAUUUGGUUGCUGCCAAUGGUACCCAUUUGAGGAAGGGAGACAAGUUUGCAUUAGAUAGACACGAUGGAACAGCUAGACAUAUUGAUGGUAAAGGAAGUAGGGUUGAUUCUGGCCAAUCAAAGUAUUUAAAGGUUUCGGGAAGAGAAGGAAAUUUGAUCAAGUUGGGAAAAGUUAAGUCAAGUGUUUCUGAAAUCAACUUCACCUCUGCUAGAGGCAAUAUGUCUGAUGGGUGUGAAGUCGGUACUUUAGAGCGAUCUCAAAUCAUGCGGGGAAAACGUAGUACUCAUGGAAUGAUUGAUCAAGUUGGAUUAGAUGCAACAUCAAGAGGUGAAAGGACGUAUUUGGCGAAGCAGUUGGAAGGUAGCUCUGAUGUAUAUGACGAGACACAUGACAAUAAUCACACGCCAUCACAUUCUUUGCCCAAAGAUUCUAAACCUUUACUGAGAUUUAAAUUCAAAAAGCCUAGUAUUGAAAGUCAGAGUUCUCCUCAUCGGGAGGAGGAGAAGACCACAAUCAAGGGCCAGAGGUCAAAAAGGAAGAGACCUUCACCUUUUAAAGAGAAAACACUGUUUAAUGAGUCUGAAGGUGUAAGUCAAUCUCCUGGAGAUGGGAAAAUGGACGAGAUGAUGGAUGCAAACUGGAUUUUGAUGAAAUUGGGAAGUGAUGCAAUUGGAAAGAGAGUUGAAGUUCAUCAGACAUCUGACAAUUCUUGGCACAAGGGAGAGGUUACUGACACUGUUGAAGGCACCUCAAAGUUACAUGUUACUUACGAGGACGGAAGAGUGAGUAUCUUGGAACUCAGGAAACAGGGAGUUCGUUUUGUUCCUCAAAAGCAAAAAAGAUCGAAGACAUGAACUCAAGAGUCAUUUGGAUUAAUUCUUGGGGAUUGUUCUAUGUGGAGACUUUUUAUUCAUUGACUUCAAAGUUUAUUUCAUCUUUGAGGCCUCUUGCUGAAAUUCACAUUGCUGCUGAUUUUUCGGCGAAGCAUUCUCGAUCGGAGCAAUAUCAGUUUUCUUGGAAGGAAGGAUUAACUGUAUCCUACCUAAGCCCUUUUCUGGACCAUAGGUUCUUGAUCGAAAAUUAUAUUUUUCUUGGUUUGCUACAUGUAUCUGAUUUCACAAAGUAGAUUUCUUCUGCCUGUGAUGUAAAGGUCACCAUUGCUGUAGAAUAGGGAGGUAUGGGCUCUAGGUGUUAGAUGUAUGAUUAAAUUCUGCUAGUUGUUUUUUGUGAAUUGCAGGUUUCAUAUUGAGAUAUUGUUUUGAAAGUUGACAUUAUUGAUUUGUCAUUUUGUUAAAGGAAAUGGUAGUUUAUUUCUGUCU